AUGAAGAUAACUAAGGACAAAACAUUGAAGAAGUAUCUUACUGGUUAUAAUCUGCGAGGCACACUUCCGGAUUUCAGUUCCAUGAAUGCACUUGAAAUCAUUUAUGUGAACAACAAUACCAUAGAAGGCCCAAUUCCUGAUUUCCUUGGUCUUCUUCCUAAUCUCAGAACAUUGAAUUUGUCUUAUAACAGAUUCAAUGGUUCCAUACCAACAUCUCUUGAGAAUAAAAACAUUGAACUUGAGUAA